AUGAAUGAUUCUUCAGGAGAUAACUGGCUUAAUCCGUUUGAUGACGAGCUUUAUAUCAUCGAUGAGGAUGAUAGUCUGAAUUCUAGCCCUGCCAACGGUUUGAAGCAGGGUGUGAAUGAAGGGGAUAAUGAUGGGGAAAAUUUUGUGGAUGUCGAUGAGAUGUUUGAAACUGGAAAUGACAGUCAAAAAAACUCUGAUGUAGAAGUUAAAGUCAUGAAAAGGAUUACUGAAUUGUCUGCAGACGACAUUAGAGGGAUGGAUUUCUCUUCUGAGGAGGAAGCAUGUGAAUUCUAUUCUAAAUAUGCUCGUAUCCGUGGAUUCUCUCCAAGAAAAGAUGAUGUAUACAAGGAUGAUGAUGGCAAGAUUAUCUCACGACAGGUGGUGUGCAAUAGGGCUGGACAAAGGCAUCAGAAGCAUAUGCAUAAUAGUGGCAGAAGAAAACAACCUAAGCCUAUUACUAGAGUGGGUUGCCUUGCUAGAAUUCGAUUUCGUUGUUUUUCUAGCAGGGACAAAGCUCAAGCAGAAGGUAUGAACCUAUUUGGUGUGAGGACCCGCAAUAUUAUGGAGGUGAUGAUGGGCCAAAAAGGUGGGGCUGAGUCCGUAGGCUUUACCGGCAAGGACUUGGCCAACCACCUAGACAAGCAAAAAAGGAAAAGAGUCAAAGAUGGUGAUGCAGUUGCAGCGCGGUCCUAUUUACAAGGAAAACUUGACAGUGACCCACUAUUUUUCUUCAAGUACAACAAAUCGGAACAAGGUAAUCUCCUUAACUUGCUAUGGUGUGAUGGAACCAGUAGAAUGGAUUAUAACGUGUUUGGAGAUGUGGUUGCCUUUGAUAGCACAUACAAGAAGAACAAGUAUAACAAACCUCUUGUGAUUUUUUGUGGAUACAACCACCAUAAGCAAACAACUAUCUUUGCUGCUGCACUUGUUCAUGAUGAGAAAACUGAGACUUUCAUAUGGGUUUUGGAAACCUUGACUGAAGCAAUGUUUAACAGGCAUCCUAAGGUGGCGGUUACAGAUGGAGAUCUAGCAAUGAAGGAAGCUAUUAGAGUUGUGUGGCCGAAUACCACGCAUCGUCAAUGUGCAUGGCACAUUCACCAGAAUGCUUUGAAAAAUAUUAGAAAUCUUGAUUUUGCAGAUGAAUUCAAGUUAUUUGUGUACGCUAACUUAAACCCUGACAAGUUUGGAGAGAAGUGGGAUAAACUGGUUGAGAAAUAUGGUAUAGCCAACAAUCCAUGGAUUGAUACGAUGUAUGAGACAAGAGCUUCUUGGGCAAGCACCUUCAUGCAAGACAAAUUUUUUGCCGGUAUUAGGACGACAUCCUUAUGUGAAGGUAUUAACUCAUUCAUAAAGAAUUAUCUGCAUUGUAAGUGUUCCUUGUUGGAUGUUCUUUUCAAUUUUGAGCGGGCUAUGAAGAAAUACAGGCACAAUGAGUUGGAAUCUGAUUUUAAGUCUUCUUAUGGUGAGCCUUUUAUGACAACUGCACUUAGUGGCAUUGAGUAUGGAGCUUCCAAAAUAUUAACAAGGAGCAUGUUUUGGGAAGUCAAGGGUCAAAUUGAAGAUGCCCUGGGGCUAAAUGUGGAGCGUUCUGAGGUGGCCAAUAUUAUGAUGAUGAAAAUGAGAAAAAUUAGCAAUCGCAGAAAAGAAUAUAUUGUGGUUUAUGAUAAGAACCAGAAAAAGUUUGUAUGUGAAUGUGGUUAUUUUGAGUUUUAUGGCAUCCCUUGUUCUCAUAUAAUAGCUGGGAUGAGAAGUGAGUAUAUUGAUGAAUUUCCAAGCAAUCUAGUUUCUAAGAGGUGGUUGAAAACAGCCAAGUCUGCUCAUGUAUAUUCAAUUUCAGAGCCUAGUAUUCAUUCACAGAAUAUGAAAUUGUUGCGAAAAGGAGCUAUGUCUGCCGCAUGCAACUAUCUCGCAGAAAUAGCAUGCGAAAAGGAUGAUGAUUUUUCAAGUGUAAUGGAAGACAUUUAUAAGUUGUUGAGGGAUGUUCAGAAGAGUCGCAAACCGGGUUGUACAAUAAAGAGUGCAGCCUUUAAUGUGGGUGAUCCAACUGUUGUACAGGGUAGAGGUGCCCCCAAGAAGACCAGAACUGUCACCAAGAGAAGGCAUUGCUCAAAUUGCAGGGGUAUUGGACACACGAUUCGUACGUGCCCGGUUUUGCUUUAUCCUGAUCAAGUCAAUAACAGUGAAACAGGUGAAUCUGCAAGUGAAGGAAUUGAGGACAGCACAGACGACGAGACAAACGUUGGCAGCGUAGAUCGGCAGAAUAAGGGGGCUUCGGUGGCAAGUAAACUUAAAUCGCAGCAACGGAAGCAGGGAAAUGACUCCUCAUCCACCCAAAACAAGCGUUCAAAUCAGAACACGGUGUCGACAAAACAAAAUAAGCGUAAAUCUAAGCAGCGAGAAGUCCCAGUCAUGAUUCAUUCAAGCCAAGUAUCUGUGAAUGAAGUGACUCAGAGUUCACCGAAUAAUGCAGGUCGCGGUGAUGUGGAUAACAACAGAGUUACUUUGUUGCCCCAGCAUCCACAGGAAAUACCUUUGACCCAAGAAUCUGUGAAUCAGGGACAAGUUUAUAACAUGGAGCCUAUUGUACAACAAGUCCACUAUCCUGUUGUUCGUGCUUCAGCUGGACUUCCAUUUUUGCAACCUUCUUAUGCCGUGAAUAUGACUAAUGGAGUUCAGGUGUUUCCACAGUUUAUACAGCACCAAAACGUCCAGGUUCCUUACCAAGGAGUUCAGAUACAAACUCUAUUUCAAGCUGGACCUUCUGGCUUACUCCCGACAUUCUCAUCGACGUUGGCGGCAGUCGAUAGGAGACACAAUAGAAAUUCAAGUUUAGGAAAUAAUUGA